AUGCCAAAUGAAGAAGCUAUUCAACUUGCAAUUAAGGAUUUAAGAGCUCAAAAGGUCAAAAAUUAUGCUGCAACUGCUAGGAAGCACUCAAUUAAUAAGGAAACACUGUGUCAGCAUUAUAACAGCUUGCAACUCAUGCAGGAUGAAACAGCCUCCCUGCAUAAGAAGCAGCUCUCAAAUCAGCAAGAACAAACACUUUUGCUUUAUAUAGAGAAGCUUGCAGCUCACAGCUUUGCUCCUACACCUCAAAUCAUUCAAAAUCUCAUUGCAGAAAUCAUCAAAGAAUCUAUAGCAGAUAAUUCUACUCAUUUUGAGCAUUAUUUCCAGCUAUUAAAUGAAAAGAUUGAAAAAUACAAUAUUGAGUCAUCAAAUAUUUGCAAUUUUGAUAAAAAGAGCUUCUUAAUUAGCAUUGGCCAGGUUACUAAGCAGAUCAUUUCAGUUGAAGCUCUGAAGACAAAGUGA